UUUCAUGGUUUAAUCUUAAAUGUCAUCGGUUUCAGCUCUUUCAAGAUAUGAUUAAUCUUAAAUUUCAUCUGUUUCAACUCUUUCAAGGUAAGUAACAAUUUAUUAGGAGUUUGUUAUAUUUAGUUACAACAUCAAUAAUUGCAUAAAAGGUGUUUGUGAAAUUGCCCAAAAGAAAGUACAGUUAUUUCUGGACUAUGUUAGAAAGCCUUACCACUUAAUUUUGCUUAUGGAUUUGAAUAUCGCCACAAGUUCAAUGUUAGAAUUCGAAACCAAAUAAGAAAUUUAGGGGAAGACGGAGGGUUCUGAAAGACAGAGUAAUGAUGAUGGUGAUAGGCUUAUGUUAUCACUUUAAGCCUGUAGGCAUUUCAUUUGUUUGAUUUUACGAGAUGUACAACUUUAAUGUUGGCCUUUUUCUGCUUGGUUUUUGUUUGCAGUUGUUGCUACUAUUAAGUUUUUCCUCGGUCUCCAAAUUCCUUGUACUCGAGAGUUAAAUUUUCUUUUUGUUUUGGUGAGAUGGAUUAUUGUAUUUCUUGAAAGUUAAACACUUUAGACUAAAGCAUUAUCUUUUGGCUUUUACCUAGAAAGAAGACAGGAUCUUUUUGAUUGUGAAGAUAUUGAGAAGAUGCUAAGGUCUAGGAUGUGAUGAGGUGGAACAAAGAUGAGAGUCGUUGCUUACUAUUUCUGGUCAGGCGCUUUUCUAGAUCUGUGGGCCAUUCUGCACAAGCAAAUCAUUGUGAACCUGUGAUUCGAGUGUCAAACAAUAUUACACAUUUGGGCCGUCAAAAGGAGGGUGCAAAACCCAGCCAGCUAUUGUCUUUACCCCCAUUUCCUGGUCAUCCUUUACCGGGAAAGAAAGUGGCCACCGGUCCUGACCAACCAUCUUGUCAUGUUACUGCCAUUAGCUGGAUCAAAUACUACUUUGAUGAGAUACCAGGCUCGGUCAUCCAAACCCAUUUUAAUAAGGGCCUCGUGCAGUUAGAGUUUAAUGAGUUAUUUACAAGCAAGGAAGGACAAACAAGAUUGUUGAGGAAGAUUAAGCAUUCUGAGGUCAUGGAAGUUGGUGCAAGAAUUCAUGUACCCAUAUCUGUUGCUGAAACAAGAAUCUCAAAACGAUAUGAUGUUAUACCUAGUGGCACGUUGUAUCCUAAUGCUGAUGAAAUAGCAUACUUGCAAAGGCUUGUAUUUUACAAGGAUCCCGCCAUACUUGUUCUAAACAAGCCCCCUAAGCUGCCUCUAAAGGGAAACCUUCCCGUGCAUAAUAGCAUGGAUGCCUUGGCAGCCGCAGCAUUGUCUUAUGAAUAUGACGAGGGUCCUAGGCUGGUACAUCGUCUUGAUAGAGAGAGCAGUGGCCUUCAUUUAAUGGGAAGAACAGAAGAAAGUAUCUCCCAUCUUCAUUUAUUGUUCAGCAACACAAAAAAGUCCAAGUCCCUGUCUAAGGCAUGGAAUGAUGCAUGUGGGUCAACAUAUCAGAGGUAUUGGGCAUUGGUAAUAGGUUCCCCCAAGGAGAAGGAAGGCGUGAUCUCUGCACCACUUACAAAGGUGCUUCUUGAUGAUGGUAGAACUGAGAGAGUCAUGUUGGCUCAACAGUCGGGAUUAGAAGCUUCUGAUGAGGCUGUUACCGAAUAUAGGCUGCUUGGUCCAAUGAUCAAUGGAUGCUCAUGGAUCGAGUUGCGCCCUCAUACAAGUAGAAAACAUCAGAUUCGAGUUCAUUGUGCUGAAGCCCUUGGAACUCCAAUUGUGGGCGACUACAAGUAUGGUUGGUUUGUCCAUCGCAAAUGGAAGCAGAUGCCGAGAGUAGAUGUUGAGCCGACAACAGGGAAACCCUACAGAUUAAAGAGGCCGGAAGGUUUGGAUGUUCAGAAAGGAAGUGUCUUGUCUAAGGUCCCUUUGUUACAUCUGCAUUGUAGGGAGCUUGUGCUCCCAAAUAUUGCCAAAUUUAUUGAGCUUCACAGUCGAAAAACUAAAAAACACUCAGAUUAUAGCUCAAAACCAGAUCUCCUCCGGUUUGUAGCACCAAUGCCAUCUCCCAUGAAAAUUAGUUGGAAGCUUAUGUCCUCUUGCUUGAUAUGAAAAUAACAAGUAACAAGAAGAAAAAGCUACUGGUUAUGUUGUUGUUGUUGUUCUAUUUGAUUAUUCCCUCAAGCUAAUAUUGGAGGUGUAAUGUAUACAUAUUCUAUAGUAGGAAGGAAUAUCAAGAUUACAUUAUCUGGUGCUGCAAAUCAGCAUUCCCAUGA